AUGAACCCUCUAAAGCCUCGCCCUUUGACGGCUUUCUUGUUCUUUCUCGUUUAUCUACACCAGACUCUUGCCGACCCUGCUAUAUAUUGCAAGCCCGUUCCGUCCUCGCAAAACUGGCCUGCUCAGUCGGCAUGGCAAAAGUUGAAUGAGACUGUAUCUGGAAGACUCUUUGUGGACGUCCCUCCUGGAGCUGUCUGUCACCCAGAAACCGCAUUGUUCAAUAAUGCCACUUGUGCUUUUGUUCUUUCGCAAUGGACAAACUCGAGCUUCCACGCCAACAAUCCCAUCUCGGUGGACUACAAUGAUGAUGGUUGUCUGCCCUCGCCUUUGGCCCCUUGUUCAGUCGCAGCUUAUCCAUCCUACGUUGUUCACGCUACCACAGCAUCUGAUGUACAAGCGGCAGUGGAGUUUGCUGCAAACACAGGGGUGAGAUUGAUUGUCAAAGGAACUGGUCAUGAUCUCCUGUCCAGGUCGUCUGGAGGCCAGUCUCUGUCGAUAUGGACGCACAAUAUUGUGGGUGUCUCGGUGAAUACUAGUGAUACACGGGCUCUUCCAUAUGGCGGAGUUGGCUCGGUCAAGAUCGCCGCUGGAUCGAGGAUGGCGGAAGUCUACCAAGAGGUGGCAAAGCAUAAUCUCACGGUGAUUGCAGGUGGUGAUAUGUCGGUCGGUAUUGGUGGAUGGGUCCUCGGGGGUGGUCAUUCUCCCAUCAGCUCUACAUAUGGACUUGGAGCAGACCAGGUCCUCGAGAUGGAAGUGGUCACUCCAGACGGCCAGUUUGUUACCAUCAACGAGAAAUCGUACCCAGAUCUAUUCUGGGCUAUGAGAGGGGGUGGAGGCUCAACCUUUGGCGUCCUCAUCAGCGUCACCAUGAAGGUCUAUCCCACUCUUCCUGGCAGCCUUGCCAUAUUUUCCAUCAACACCACUUCCAACAGCGACACUUUCUGGUCAAUCUCUACAUAUUUCACCUCGCAGGUCCCCAGCCUGUCGGACAAAGGUGCCAAUGGAUACCACUACUUUAUCCCAUACGCUCCGCCAAACCCUCCGGACCAGGCAGGGGUUAUAGUCGGUGGCUACUUCUUCCCGAACAAAACUGCCACCCAGGUCAAUGCAAUCCUGGGUCCCGUCAUCACCAAGAUCAACACAACAGACUGGGGUGACGGGGUCUCUGUCGCCAACGAAACCAUCCCAAUCCCAGAUUUCACCAAGUUUUGGAUGACGAACCAGCCUGAGACUGUAGGACCGUCUGAGCGUCUAGGUUCACGUCUCUUGAGCCGCGGUGCUCUGACGGGGAACCAAACAGCGCUGGAAAAUGCACUGCGCACUGCAUCAAAUGGCACCUGGACACUCCUCAACCACCUGGUCGCGGGGAAAGGGGUGCGCGAUGCUAAAAUAGCCGGUGGGAACAACUCGGUGUGUCCCACGUGGCGAAACAACACCUAUAUUCAUUUCGUCUUCCUCUCCUGGCAAGUCACCUACCGCCAAUGGACACCUUUGAACCAGACCGAAAAAACAGCUGUGACGGACGAGCUCCGCAAUAGGGCCAUCGAAGCCCUGCGAAUCCUCGAUCCUCACACGGGAGCGUACGUGAACGAAGCCGAUCCAACGGAGCCCAAUUGGCAGACCACCUUCUGGGGCUCAAACUACCCGCGGCUGUUGGCACUCAAGCAAAAGUACGACCCCAAAGCGACUCUCCGGCAAGUUCUUGCCGACUCUGGAGAGGCGGAGGAAGAAGAAUGA